AGAUGCACGCGUUAGCUUAUGCAUUGUAAAUGGAACUUAAAAAAAAUCAACUAUUCUACAACAGUGCAAUAUUGGUGCAUAAUACUAAUUCAAUAUGAGCUUAAGACUGUGUUUAAGACCAAUGGGUUGUUUCAUGAUAAGAUAAAAAUCUGCUAUCAAGUAAAUCACACUCUUACCUACUCGAAGAUAAGUUACAUCUGCCAGUGGUAUUAUAUUGUUGUUUGGAUUUUAUCGUAAAAUACUAUUGUACAGUAAUCACAUUUCCUUUAUUCGUAUACUGUCAUGCCGGUAACGCCCUAUUAAACUGUAAGAAUUAGUCAUUUCACGGAAUGUGCGAUAUAAAUAUUAUUUGAAUUUAGAAAUUGAAGGGUUGCAAAACGUAUUUGACUCUUGUUUUAUAAAAUGGAUAGCAAGGGAAGAAAAAUUAUUGUCUGUGAUAAUGGAACCGGGUUCGUCAAAUGUGGAUAUGCAGGAGCAAAUUUUCCUGCUCAUAUAUUUCCUUCAAUAGUUGGACGUCCAAUCAUAAGGGCCGUUAACAAAAUAGGAGACAUCGAUGUGAAGCAAGAAUAUUGUGUUCGUGACUUAAUGGUUGGAGAUGAAGCGAGUAAACUUCGUUCCAUGUUAGAAAUUAGUUAUCCCAUGCAAAAUGGAAUUGUUAGAAAUUGGGAGGAUAUGUGUCAUGUUUGGGAUUAUACAUUCGGAAAAGAAAAAAUGAAUAUUAAUCCUAGAGAAUGUAAAAUUUUGUUGACUGAACCGCCAAUGAAUCCUAUCACGAAUAGAGAGAAAAUGAUUGAGGUGAUGUUUGAAAAAUAUGGAUUCGCUGGAACAUAUAUUGCGAUACAAGCUGUGCUUACACUAUAUGCUCAAGGAUUAAUUAGUGGAGUUGUGGUAGACUCUGGUGAUGGAGUAACACAUAUUUGUCCAGUAUUUGAGGAAUAUGCCUUGCCUCAUUUGACACGUCGAUUAGACAUCGCUGGUCGUGACAUUACUAUGUAUUUAAUAAAAUUACUUUUAUUACGCGGAUAUGCCUUCAACCAUUCUGCUGACUUUGAAACGGUCAGAAUGCUUAAAGAGAAAUUAUGUUAUAUUGGAUAUAAUAUUGAAACUGAAGAAAAACUAGCUCGCGAAACUACUGUCUUAGUGGAAUCUUAUACACUUCCAGAUGGUCGAGUGAUAAAAGUAGGUGGUGAAAGAUUUUCAGCACCAGAAGCAUUGUUUCAACCUCGUUUAAUAAACGUUGAAGCUCAGGGAAUCGCCGAGCUAGUAUUUAGUACAAUUCAAGCAGCUGAUAUCGAUAUCAGAAGCGAAUUGUACAAACAUAUUGUUCUUAGCGGUGGAAGUACGAUGUACCCAGGACUUCCGUCUAGACUUGAACGAGAGAUUAAGCAACUUUAUUUACAGAAAGUUCUUAAGAAUGAUACAUCCAAGCUUAACAAAUUUAAAAUCAAAAUCGAGGAUUCACCUCGACGUAAAGAUAUGGUGUUUAUGGGUGGUGCUGUAUUAGCUGAAAUAACGAAGGAUCGAGAUUCCGUAUGGAUAACUAAAGAAGAAUACGAAGAGAAAGGUCUUAGUGUAUUAAAGAAAUUAGGAUCCUAUGAAUCUUAAGGACAUUCUAUUUUAGUGCAAGGUGCAACAGGAAACAAAAGUUACAUUUUUUCAGACUAAAAGUGAUGAAAAAUAGUCAAGUUGUUUUACACACUACAAAUUACUUGAAUGAUAACAUUAAGACAGACAGAGACAAAAUGCUUGAGUUUGCUGUAAGGGCUAUGUCAUGCCAAAUAGAAUAUUUAUUUUGGUUAUGCAGAUUAGUGCAAUUAAUAGAGCUAUAUAAUCAACCUGUAAGAUUUCUUCAUAUUGAAUAAUGAAGAACUAAAUGAAUUUUUAUUUUAAGUACAAUUAACAGUCGGAUGGAUCAU